AGGGAGAGCAGGAGAGCCAUGCGCGGUUUCUACUAGAAUGGGACAUAGGACUGAUUAUUGAAUUAAGUCAACUGACGACUGGCUGGCUGGGCCCACCCUCAAUUCAAUGACUUCACAGGACUAAUGGCUGAAUACAUCACUCACCCGCCAUGAGAUCACCCUAAAAUCACAAUUAUCAAAAACACACAACUCUUUAUCGACAUAUAUCCUAUGAGACAUGUGUUCGCGCCAUUCAGGGGGUGUGGUGUGAACUCGCUCGCAGGCACGCUGGUGUGGGUGGGUGAGUGUGUAGUAAGGGGAGCGAGCGCUGCACAGAGAAAGCGCACUCAACGCUUGCGCAGGCACCCGGAGAGUGGGAAUAUAGUGUGCGGUGGCAUGGCUUCCUCUCACGGGAAAAGCGAACCUCGGUUCGCCGACUGGAUGGCAAAUCUACCGGAGAGCAUGCACAGCAUCCCGCUCACCAACCUGGCCAUUCCCGGUUCACAUGACUCGUUCAGUUUCUACAUAGAUGAGUCCUCUCCGGUUGGUCCUGAGCAGACUGACGCCGUCCAGAACUUUGUGUCCGUCUUCGGCACGGUGGCCAAGAAGCUGAUGCGCAAAUGGCUCGCCACUCAGACCAUGAACUUCUCCAGCCAGCUGGAGGCCGGCGUCCGCUUCUUUGACCUGCGCAUCUCCACCAAGCCCCGGGACCCAGACAACGAACUCUUCUUCGCUCACGGUCUCUUCAGCGCCACGGUGAGAGAAGGCCUGGAGCAGAUCAGCUCCUUCCUGUCGGCCCAUGCCAGAGAGGUGGUGUUCCUGGACUUUAACCAUUUCUACGGAGUUCAGAACCUGCACCAUGAGAAACUGGUCUCAAUGCUGAGGGACGUGUUCGGGGAGAAACUCUGCCCUGUCGUCUUCGCUCAGGAAGUGAGUCUCCAGUAUCUGUGGGAGAAUGAAUACCAGGUACUGGUGUUCUAUCACAGUCCUAUGGCCCUGGAGGUGCCCUUCCUGUGGCCGGGUCAGAUGAUGCCUGCUCCCUGGGCCAACACCACUGACCCCGACAAGCUGAUCCAGUUCCUCCAGGCCUCUGUGGCUGACCGCAGGAGGAAGGGAACAUUCUUCGUCUCCCAAGUGGUCCUUACACCUAAGGCCAGCACCGUCAUGAAAGGAGUGACUAGCGGACUGAGGGAGACCAUUACAGAAAGGUGA